GUCAAAGAUGACGUGAGUUGGUCGAUGUGAAAUUUUAUCCGUGUCAAAACGUGUAUUUUUGUCUAAAUUCAAUGUUUGUGUUGAUGUGAGAUCCAUCGUAAAAUGGAGCCCUGUGGGAGCUGUGCGUGUUCCUCCCCAGAGGCGACAGCAUACUGGGAAUACCUAAAGACCCAGUUCGAAGGGCAGACGGCCACGUUGCAGGAGAAGGAGAUGGAAAUUAGAGGGAAGCUUGCUGUUGUUGAUAAUCUUAUUUCUUCGUCUAAACAAAGUAGUCGUCUCCAAAGUCCAGUUCCCAAAGUAUUCGUCCAGAGGGCUGAUGAGCCUGUGUGUGAUUUAUCGUACGAGUCCACCAACAUCUCCUCAACCAGCGAAAAGAACAUUCCCGUCAGCUUCCUACAACGCGUAAUGGAAAACGCCAAGUCCAUUUUGAACCUAAGCAACAACACCAUCAGGACGUCGAUGGUGUUUCCAACAGACAGUUCUGUGAAUGAAACUCCUACAAGGGAGAAUGAUCCAUGUCCCUGUCCGACAGAGCAACAAUGGUCCUCCACUGCCAUUGCUGAUUCUUCUGAGAGUAUCUACCGAGCCCAGACCAGUAUGUCCAAAUAUGAGGUCAAUAGCUGCUCACAGGAAGUCGCCUCUAUGAUGUGUCACGCCUGCAAAACGUAUUUCAGCGGCUCAAACGUUCCUCCAGACAAAGUUGGCAGUCAAAUACAGACAUCGGCGACUUAUACAUCAAGCGACAGCCGAAUGGAAGAAACAAGCAGUGUCACCUGCACCCAGCUAUGCUCUGAGUGCCAACGGAACAGUAGCAAUUAUCAGUGUACUACAAGUUCAUGUAGCGGAGAAUGUACAGUUUGUCGCGCAGGCUAUGGAAGUGGAAAUCAGAACCCUUUAACAAGUAAGGGCAAUUCCUGUGGUAGAGCAACCUGUGAUAAUACCAAUGAUACGCAAUGUCAAGAUUGUCGAUCCACCUAUGAAGACUGUACUGAAGAAUGUACAGAAUGUAACUCUUGUACAUACGGAUCUACUUGUGGAUGCACUUCAGGUAACACAGAUGCAGAGGUAACAGCCCCGCUUAGUCAAAGUCAGAAUCUGACCUGCACCUGCGCCACGUCACCCGACGAGACACAGACACAAGACCCUAACAUAUCAUGCGGUUGUGGCAGCAAUGAAGAUGCCUACAGGCCAACCAUAACGUGCUCUUUCAACGCAUCAAGGGCCCCUUCCGGAAUGAUAGGGUGUGCCUGUGGACCCUCAGAAAGGAAGCUCAACUUGAACGAACGUGCUAUGAACACCUCUAGGCAGCAGAUGUGCAAUCGAAAUGUGCAGUUUGAGGAGAGCGCUGUCAAUACAGUCAGGCCCCAGAUGAAAUCAAAAACUACCACCAACCGUCAUGAGCGUUGCUCUAACACGUGCAGAGCUGCCUUGGAUAGACCGAAAGCGUCUGCGUCAGCUGGUUCUGGAGACAUAAGCGGACCUAUCAUUCAGAACAAGAAUCUGGUGACACAUUGGGUGGGAUCAACUCCAAGGCAAGAGAUAGAUUCGGAAGUGGCUCUGACCAAUCUACCAGCAAGUAGAGAAGGGGCUAGGACACCGUAUAACUUUUUGUCAAGAUCAACUACUACACCAGAUAUUUCCUAUGGAACCAAAGGAACUGAAGCGAGGCAGAGCACUUGCGCCGUGCCUUCGUGUCCUUCGAAAAAAUACAGAUCUAGAUCAGACAUCAGAGACAGACAAAAUCAGGCGCAGGAGUACAGACCGCCUACAAGAAACCGAAGUGCUGGAGGAGUUCCAAGUCAAGGAAACUCGGCCAGCAGAUGCUGUUUCCACUGCGUCCAAACCAACGAAAAAAGUGACCAACUGAUGAGGAUGAUGGCUGAGCUACAGAUGCAAGAACGGGAGAUCAAGGAGCGGAUGCAAGAACUAUUGGAGAGAGAAAGAAUUUACGACAACGCAUUGAACAACGUUGACGUGUUUCACGAUCCGUAUGAUCCAAAUUGCAUGUGUGGAUGCAGGGAAUACCGCGAUGGAGGUCAGAAUUAUCCAGAGAUGGAAGCCCGACCACCAUCCGAACCUUACGAGGAUAUAGAGAGAGUUCGACUAGAACUGAAACUAGAGAACCAAGAGCUGAAAGCUGAAUUGAUGGAGAUGAAAAUGCAAUUAAAGCACACACUAGAAAAGAUUGAAGGGCCGAUGAAGAAAAAACUGGAAUAUGAACAGGCCAAAUGUAGGAAACUACAGCAAGACUUAGAAGAGACCUCCACGACCAUGAUGUUGAGCCAGGACCAAUAUGGCAAGGAAAUGGACAACCUGAAGAUGCAGCUAUGUUGCGCGUGUGCAAACAUGACUGAACUGAACACAAUCAAUAACCGUCUAAAGGAUGAACUAAAUUCGCUAGAUUGUAUAUGCGCAAAACUAGAAGAUGAUCUUGUGAAGCAAAAGCUGAACGAAGCAGAAACUAUCAAACGCCUUGCCAAAAGGUCACCAUAUUCAGACACAGGAGGUGGUUGUCCCACUUAUCCCAUACCGGGCGGGGCUGGUGGUGCCUACCCAACUGCAGAUGGUACUUGUUCCCCGUACCCCAUCACUUAUGGCGCUGGCGGUGCCUAUCCUACUGCAGGACGAGGUACGUGCCCUACUUGCCCAAUUCAAGACGGUUGUCCGGCAGGACGAGGAGGUGGAUACCCAAUGGUGACUGCUUCAUAUCGCCCAGCUUCACCUUGUGCAGUAUGCCAAGAUGUCACAAGAGAGACAAAAGAAACAGACUGUCAAUGCGAUCACUGUAGAUGGACAGAACCAUUCAAAUGCGAUUCCAAUCUUCAUGUGAUAGCCAGAAAGCUGAGCAAAACGAUAAAAGAGACAGGUCCAUGCCAGGAAUGUUCCAAGCUGCCAGCUGAACUAACUGGCGCAGCCAAAGUUAUCAAAGACCUCACAGAUUUGGUGGAAAGCAGAAAGGAGAAGAAAAAAGAAUCAGCGUGUAUAUGUGAAUCAGGCAGAGACUCCAGCUUACAUAUAAUAGCAAGGAAGUUAAGCAAAACUCUUAAAGAUACAGCUCCAUGUGACAUAUGUGCCAACCUUCCAGAAGACUUGAAAGAUGCUGCGACAUGUAUCAAGAAUUUGUCCGAUUUGGUCUGUAGUAGAAAGGAAGACUCCAGUGGCGAUAAAAAAAAGAAAGACUGCUUCUGUCAAUCGCUGCCUGCAAUUAAGGAUGGAUGCUGUCAAUGUUCUACCAGAAAGUAUAAAGGCAUUCAAGAAACUAAGCUAACGAAGAUUGUCGACACUCAAUCUGGUACUGCUUUGGAACCUCCAGCUUCUCAAGAAGCUCCAUCCACCUACUCAACACCAACGCCUUCAAAGAUGCUAGAUCAGGAAGGAGCAGCCGAACCUGCAGAGGCACCAGCAGAAGUACCUGCCGAAAAAGAACCUGCUUCUGAGGAACUAUCUGCAGCAGGCGAUGAUGCAGAAGAUGCAUCAGAACCGCCAGGUAAACCAGCUGCUCAAGAGGAAAUAACACUGGCUGUGGUUGAUUUGGCCCCAACUGCAGUUGAUGUUGAGGAUCCAUCUCCUGCAGCAAGCGAUGAUGCAGAAAAUCCAUCGAAACCGCCAGUUGAACCAAUUGGUCAAGAAGAAAUAACGCUGGCUGUGGUUGAUUUAGCCCCAAUUACAGUUGAUGUUGCAACAGGUGUGAAUGACCUUGCCCCAGUUGUUGCUGCAGGUAUUCCAUCCGGUAAAACGCCAUCAGGUGAUCUUCCUUCUGAGCUAUCUCAAACUGGAUUAUCAUGUGGUCCAGAUGCAGUCUGCGCAGCGCACGGAAUGCCCUGCGUCAAAAAAAUGGAGAGAGCGGCACCUCUAGUUGAUGAAGCUAAAGUCUUAGAUCUGACACCUCCAGCUACAGACGUAUCAGCAUCAUCAGAAGGAGCACCUAUAGAAAGAGUGAGGUCUCCUCCUGCUGCAGCAGCUGAAUCACCUCCUGCGAUGUCUGCAGAGCCCCCCGCGCCAUUCGACUCAUCACGUCCACAAACGCCAACCACACAGCCUAGCGUGCCAUUAGGUGUUUGUCCAUGCCCUCCGCCUGCAGGUUUUGGUCCUGCACCUCCAGGAUAUACUCUCCCGAUGGCUGGAUUUGCUCUACCACCAUUAGCAGGUGCUCCACCAAGUGCACCACCAGGUAUCUCGCGAUAUGAUGAUUUUGAACCAUGUCCAAGAGUGUGUGGUCCUGAUUCUCCCUGCUACACGGUGGGACUUCCUUGUAUGACUGGGCGUCGACUACCAAAAAAAGAUGGUGGCAUGCCUCCCGCAGGUUCAGCCGGAUAUUCACGAGGAUAUGGACCAAAGGGUCCAGGAUUGCCAGGUGAAUCAGAACGAGAGGGUCCAGGGAGUACAGUAAGUGCAAACCCAGGAGGAUCACUAGGAUAUGGACCAAAGGGUCCAGGAUUCCCAGGUGAAUCAGAACGAGAGGGUCCAGGGGGUCCAGAAAGUGCAAUCCCAGAAGGAUUACUAGGAUAUGGACCAAAUGGUCCAGAAUUUCCAGGAGGAUCAGAACAAGGAGGUCCAGGGGGUCCAGGAAGUGCGUUUCCAAUAGGAUCAGGACGAGAAGGUCUAGGAGGUCCAGAAAGUGCAGCACACAUCCUAAUUGUGCCAGACGUACCACGCCAGUUCACAGAAAAGCAUACUGGUGAUUUCCCAUUCGAGGUUGAGACCAGAGCGGAAAUAUUGACUGAACCACCACCAGGACUUCACGUCACUACAACGAUCACAUCUUCUGGAAACCUGGAGGUCAUCACAGAAGGACCUAGUGGUGUUAUAGAAACUAUCUUGAAUUAUACAGACGACGGUGUAAUAGAGGUAAUCACAUACCUUCACGAAGAAGAAGAAAUGGAAAUAGCUCCAGGUGUACCAGGCGUGGUGUUUGGUGAUACCAUUUCACAAUCGUUUACUGAAGGACGUGCUAUGGACAGCGCCAUGGACAGUACAACGCAGGAUAGCUCCUUCGAUGAUAAGUAUAAACGGAAACCAAGCACAGGCGUAGACCGUUUGAGUAACGAGAGGCACAGGUCUUCUGUAGCAGCUCAGCUUGAAUUCGAGAGCGAAAGAGCGCAAUUACAAAGAAUCGCAGAACAAAAGAGCUUCAUCACUUCAGAUGGUUCUCUAGCCACAGACCUAUCUGGAGGGAUAGAAGGAGACACAUCUGGAUAUUCGGAAGGACCGAUCAUAGGCCCAGGAGUUGGAGUAACAGGAUUGCCAGGUGAAACUAUAUACCCAGCAGAUUUAGAGGAACCAGAGCCGGUAGAAGUAGCAGAGGGUCCGCUAGGAGUGCCAGAAACAGUAGGAGUAGCAAGAGGUCCAACAGAAAUGCCAGGAGCAGUAGAAGUACCAAGAGUAGCAGUAGUACCAGAAGGUCUAGCAGGAGUGCCAAGAGCGGUAGGAAUAGAAAGAGGUUCAGCAGGAGUAUCGGAAGGUUCAGCAGGAGCAUCGGAAGAUCCAGCAGGAGUGCCAGGAGAAAUAGGACUACCAGGAGGUCUAGCAGGAGUACCAGACGCAGUAGGAAUAGCAGGAGGUCCAGCCGGAGUAGCAGGAGUACCAGCGGUAAUUGAUGCCAGAACUGGACUGACAGUUGCUGACCAAGAAGUAAUGCUUACCGCAAUUGACAUGAUAGACCAAUCUACUGGAUAUCCAAUCAGUAAUGAAAAGGGCAUGAUGAGCCCUCAUAUCAGUACGGCGGACAAAGCCGAAGAACCAUGGAUUGACAAAAGGAUGAAGAAACUAUAAGCUUUCCGAUCAGUAUGGUGGACAAAGAAGGCGAAGCUGUGUCAACGACCGAUCAGCAAGCUAUCAGCGAUGAAAUCGCCAUGGUGGAGAAAGCAGCUCAAUCACCAGAAGGGAUAGACCAGGGAAUCACUAGCUCUCAAAUAGACGUAGCUGAUAAGUCCUCUGAUUAUCCUCAACUCUCUGAGCAAGGUGUGACCGCCUCUCAGAUAGAAAUGAGAGACGAGGCAGCCACAGCCGAGGGUGCCGAAAUGUCUGACAUGGAUACAGAAACGGCAAAAUUAGAAACUCAGGAUGCUGAAGCUUAUCAAGAACAGAUACAUGAGCAAACGUCUGCGUUGAUGUACGAGAAGGAAAGCAGAGAAGCAGGUGAAGGAGCCGAGAUUUGGGUAGAGGAAGAAGAAAUAGAAGGAGAAAAAAGGGGAGAAAAAGAGGACAAAGAAGCUGAAAAAGAAAGGGAAGAAGGAGAAGAUCAAGCGUUGGCUACACCUGAAAGCAAAGAGGUUUCUGGUGGGGUUGAGAAACCUGGUGAAAGUGAAGGCGAUGCAAUUCCAGUGGGAGCUGCAGGUGAAGGCGUGGUUGCUGAUGAAACGGCCCCCGAAUGGACAGAGCUCACACCGAUAACUGAAGAAGGAACAUUGGAAACCGAGUCCAAGACUGCAGACAAAUUGGGCAAGUCCUUAGAGGCGGCCGAGCCCAAACGUCAAAAACGUGACUGCUCAUGUCAGUCAUCUCCGCCCUCCAUAGAGCAAUCAUGCCAAUGUUGUGAAUGCAAAGAUAUCGGCAUAUCCACAUCACACGACUCCGAAACCAUUACAGAAGCAACAGGCGAUCACCUAGACCCGUGUACCCAAAAAGCAUCACAAAAAUCCAUCACCGAAGAAGAAACCGUUGAGAUAACCGAAAGUGGCGAGCUUUUCACCGCCGCUGAUGAUAUGGCACCUUCUUCAGAUUCGAAGGCGGGGGAUCAAGAUAAAACGCAACGAGCUAAAGCGGAAAACGAUGAGUACAAAUCAGCACAUGAUAUGAUCUCUGAGAUGAUUGACGGUGCUCUCCAAGCAGGGUCCAAAGCACGAUCGAAAGUAGAUAGAUCCAGAGCAAGUCGUGAAAGCACGGAUGCGAAAAGGUCAUCAAAAUCCAAACCGGCAAAUAAAGCAGGUAGUCAAACUGGUAAAGGUUCCAUGGAAGAGGAACUGGUCAAGACAGAAAUCCUUGGAGUUGAAGUUGUUGAAGGAGGCGCAACAAAAGCUGACACUGGUGCUUCACAAACUAGAGCAUCUCAAGAUGCAACUUUCUCUACUACAGAUGCCGGUCAACCUGUCACAGGAGUUCCUUCAUCUGAAGUACCAGCAGAACUAAGAAGCUUGGAUAGGGGCAGUCGAGAUGCUGCCGGUGCUGAUGCUACAGCUGUGAAAGCCAGCAAAACAACGUCAUCUGAAUCAGAUUCUGAUCCUGACAGACGUAAGAAGAGAGGUUUGGUUGAUAAGAAGAAGAGAGGAUCUCAAGAGGUACCAAAAUCUGCUUCCCAAGUGUCAUAUUUAGAUGGUAAACCAAGAAAAAGGCGAUCGUCACGUCUAGAUAACGCGGUAUGUGACUGCAAAGGCGUCUGCCAGUGCGUAGUCUGUUCCAAGGAAAUCAUCCAGAAGCGACUUGCAGCGACCGGAAAUCAAGAACCACCCAGUGGACGGUACGACCAACUGUGUUGCUGCGCAGACUCCAAUGCAGCGCAACUUCAGCAACAACAAUCAUCCCGACCCCUUACGCCCACACAGCAAAAGGCCAUGUACCAGGCGCAAGUACCAGUAGGUUACGUGCAAUUUGAAGCGCUCUGCAACUAUUCACAAGGAGGGCAGCCCCAGCAGCCGAUUCAUCCACCGGGUUGUAGAUGUCGGACAUGCAGGUGCAAUCCAUGCUCCCCAUGCCCUCCAGAAUACGAAUCCCCCGAACAAUUUAUCCGCUCCACGGACCUGUGUAGCGCAGGCGGCCCAGGUGCCCGCACUCGAAUAGGCAGACAGCGCGAUCGCAUCAGCAUCAACGACGUGUUCCGCCGUUCCGAUAACGCGGACAUGGACAGGGGCGGUCCCAGUGUAAUAUCGCCGUCCAUACCCAGGAAUAAGCCGUACCUGCGGUACCCGAAUCAACGCAUGGAGCAGCAUCCGUAUGACUGCGAGUGCAUCGAUUGUAUUUGCAUGCCUACCAUUCAAGAGUUGGCACAGACGAGGGAGAUACCGCCUAUUAGGGAUGAAAAACAGGUGUAUCAGGUGAAGUGCGUCUGCCCGAACGCCCAAAACGCUCGCAAGAUCCUCUCCCAACGUUCCCGCAUCCCCAUAUCAACGAACCCGGCCACCAGUCCCCCGAGAGUUGCAACCCCUACGGGGUGCACGUGCGAAGUUUGCAAGUGCGAAGACGACAAACAAAAAGAGGUUCCAACAGGAGAAGGGGCAGCGCUAGCACCUUCCUUCACGCACAAGGAUCAGUGCGACUGCCCUGAGUGCGAGUGUGCAGUCUGUUUUGAUAAGGCGAAGAGACCAGUGGGGAAGAACGAAAAAGGUUGCUGUUGUAAGGGACCGUGCACUUGUGAGGAUUGUAGUGUAGAUAAGUAUAAGAAAGCCCUCGAGAGGGUAGGAGGAUUUCUUCCAAAACCCGGAUAUCCAAGUGACUGCGGUUGUGAUACGUGCGAGUGCCCAGAGUCACCACUGAAACCUAAAAAGAAACCAAAACCAGGUCACCCGGAAGAUUGCGACUGCGACAUAUGUCGAUGUCCAAAAGGACCCAAUAAGAAACCAUCCGACUGCAAUUGCGACACCUGCAUCUGCCCAGGAGGCGGUGACCGGAGCGCUCCCAAGGAAGCCAAGUGCGACUGCGACCCUUGCGACUGUUCGCCAUGCAGCGAUCCGAAGAGACGAAAAGUUGGUGACAGUAGGCCAGGAAAGUUACCGCCUUGCGAUUGUCCGACGUGCGAGUGUUUGCCAUGUGCGGACCCCACCAAAAUUAAGGCGAUACCCUCUACCGCCGAAGGAUGCACGUGCGAAACCUGCGACUGCGCCACCGAAGAAAAGAUGACGGCUGUGAUGUCGAAAGUACCGCAUCCAGAGAACUGCGACUGCCCCGAGUGUCUGUGCAUGGAGGAGAUUCUACAGACCAUCGACAGCUUCGGCCACGUGGACGAGUGCACGUGCGAAGAAUGCAAGUGCCCUAGCGAUGAUACCACCUCCUCGCAGCACAUGCAGGGAUGUACGUGCGAAACUUGCGCGUGUCCAGGAAAGAUUGAUACUACCACUAGCGUACCUCACAUGGAGGGGUGUACUUGUUCGGUAUGCACGUGCCCCGGUGCGACCGAAACAGGCGUCGGCCCUACCGAUAACGUGCCCACCCAUCCCGAAGGCUGCACGUGCGAAGAGUGCAAGUGCGAACCAGUGAUAGAAGAGCACCCGGCAGGUUGCACGUGCACCGAAUGCAAGUGCGAGCAGUGCCAGACACUAGUGCACGAAGGCAACUGUCAGUGCCCGGAAUGUCUAUGUCCGGAGUGCGCCAUGGCUGGGGGAGAAGGUGGCGCUGGGGAGGACGAGAAAGGGGAUGCGCCGCCAGCGCAGCUGAUUAAUAGGAGUUGUCAUUGUCUUGCGUGCCAUUGUGACACGUGCACAGACCCAACCAAAGUUAAAGUAGAAAGGAAGAAGGAAGCACCAGCGCCUGAGGUAGGAGCGAACUGCACGUGCAAAACCUGCAUUUGCAUUGACUGCAUAGGAAGAGAAGGAAAAGCAGAUGGAGGAGACCAACAACCAGAUGAGUGUACGGAAAGACAUACAAAUUGCAAAUGUGGUAUAUGCACCUGUAAGUCAUGUGAACCUACUACAGAUCAAGAGGAAACAUGCAGGUGCGGAGAUUGCAAAUGCGAGGACUGUAAAUACAAAACGCAACACAAAGGUGACUGUGCCUGCCCAACCUGCAAAUGCAGAGACGACCUACCAGGUGGAGGUACAGCCCAACGCACAGCACCAAGUGGCAGGAGACACCCUAACUGCAAAUGUGUAGAAUGCACUUGCGUCGAAUGCAACCCCGACGAGCCAUACUUGGAGAAGAAAGAAUCGGAGUGCAAGUGCGGAGACUGUAAGUGCGUCGAAUGCAAGUACAGAGCUACACCUGAGUGCACGUGCAAGGAGUGCAAGUGCGAUGGAGAGAAAAAACCUGAUGAAGCAGGUGCUGAGCCUGGAAUGGUGUUGACUGAUCCGCCACCGUUCGAGUUACUAAAACGGAAAUCCUGCGACUGUAACACAUGCGGUUGCGUGAUGUGCAAUCAGAAAGCCAUGACAACUGGAGCAGGAAGAGUACAACCUGCAUCGGGAGAGGCACCACCCUUUCAGAUACCUGUCCGUUUGCCAUGUAAUUGUAAGGUCUGCGAAUGUGCCACUUGCAAUCGAGAUGCACCGAAACCACCACCACAGGACGUCAGUGGAACCCCUGCCAGUGGUGGAGGUGGCGGAGCAGCACAGAAAAUAGCCCCGUAUGCAACUGAUGAGGCGCCACCAUUCAAAGUUCCUACCCGUUUGCCUUGCACCUGCGCGACAUGUGAAUGCGAAACCUGCAACAAGAACCCGCCACCACCUCCACCUGGAGCAGAAGCAGUCAGUGUGCCUCUUCAUUCUGGCGACUGUACGUGUGAAGUGUGUAAGUGUCAACCAUCAGAAGGCGGAGCACCAUUUGGAGGUGGUGGAGCAUAUAUGCCGCCGCCACUCCAGAUACCAGUAGGAUGUGAUUGUGUGGUAUGCAAGUGUUCUCCAUGUCUAGAUGGAGGUGGUGGAGGAGGCGGAGCUCCAGAUGGCGGCGGCGGAAAGAUCUUUGCUCCAUCCGGUCAUCCGCCCGUCUGCACAUGCCCAGAUUGCCGUUGCUCCCCAUGCGCUGAUAUCAACAAACAAGGCGGAGGGAGAGCAGCAGACGACUGCGACUGCGCCGUGUGCAACUGCACCCCGGACGGUGGCAGUGGUGGGGGGAUUAUAAGGCCGUCUGGUCACCCUGGUGAUGGUGGAGGAGCGAAAGGUCACCCCAUCCCGUGCGACUGUACGGCAUGUGCCUGCACCCCAUGUGCGGACACCAACAAGCGCGGUAGUGGCAUGAUAUCACCCUCUGGUCAUCCCAAGGCAUGCGAUUGUGGUGUUUGCCAGUGCACACCGUGCGCAGAUCCUAGUAAGAAGGGAGGAAGCGGUGGGGGUGGUGGUGGUGGUAUAUCACCCUCGGAUCAUCCCCAGUACUUCUUACAUGAAGGUGAAAAAAUCUAAGAAACUCCAAGAAAUGUGACUCUUUCAUCCAAUCUGAUGGGUUUGCUGAACCUUGUGAGCCAGGAGGAGCCGAAUUUAAAAAAAGUGGUUUGAAAUGUACCCGUGGAAAAAUGAAAAAAGGAGGUAUGGAAUUUCCAAUAGCUGAUGCUGCACUUUCCUCUUUCUGAUGAAACUAUCGAACCAACCUGUUUGAAUCCUGUUCUGGCAACAACGCGGUCGGGUCUUUGGACAGUUGUAAUCCCAGGGUUGCGACUGCGCUGCUUGCCAGUGCACCCCGUGUGCUGAUGCCAGUAAACAAGGUGGCGGUAGCGGUCCCGACAAAAAGGAUUCUGGAGAUUGCACGUGCUGUACUUCCAAGAAGAAAAGAGGAAAAAUCAAUGGAGGAACAAAAGGAACUGGAUCCGGUAUACCAGUAAGUCAUCCGGCUGGUUGUGAUUGUACCGUGUGCAAGUAUGAACCUUGUCUUGAUGACAAUAUUCCAAGAUCCAAAGGCGGUAAAGCUGAUGCCAUACCUUCCCAGUCUCGUCAAGCAUCUCAACAUCCUCUUGAAUGCGAUUGCUACACGUGCAUCUGUGAGAAACCUCUUGACGGCAAAAGAAACCAAGCUUCGGGAUUAUACCCUUCAAAGAAGGUGGGCACUGAAAAUUCUGGAUAUUCUGAGUUAAGCAAGGGUUCACAUCCGAAUGACUGUGAUUGCCCGGAAUGUUGCAUGAGUGCUAUCGGUACAAUGGACGAUGCCGCUCUGAUGCAGAAGAUACAAACUGACAAAAAAGAGAAUUGCAAAUGUCGUGAGCAAAUCAAGGAGAUCAAAAAGGCGCUAACGAAGAUCAAGUGCGCUUGUACUGAAGCUGAGAUGAAAGCAAUUAAGGGCAGUCAGAUGACGGCGACCCAAGGAGUUGGCGGUGGGGCAAAUCCGUUGGUCAAACAGGCCUCGGCGUUCGGGCAGACGAUGUCGGGGUUGAAGUUGGCAUUGAACAACCUCCAAGACAAGUGCAAGGCCAAGGACAAGUUGAUCCAGGCGAUGACCGGGGAAUUGAAGACACGCAUCAGCAGCAAAACGUUUGAUCAUAUUAUCGCGGCUCGGAACUGUGACGCUCCAGACUAUGAUAAGGGAGGUGAUGUAAAAACCCCAGCGCCAUCUACGAACGUCUUAUACACCGUAAAUGAAGAAAACACUGACUUCGACGUGAAACUAUCGAAGGCCGUCGCAACUGAAAAACACAAACACAAACGAAGGACUAAAGGAUGCAAAUGCGGCAAAAACCAUAAGGACAAAGAGAAAGACUCGCACCAGGUAGAUCUGACAGGUUUUGAGGUGAUCGACAUUCGGAGGAUAACCAACGAUAGUAUAAUCAUAAAAUGGAAACCCCCAAAGACUAACCUAAUCACUGGAUACGACAUUUUCGUGAAUGGUCUCAACAAAUCGAAAGUCAUGAGUGGCGGACGAACCAGUGCAAUGGUGCACUCGUUGGAUCUGUCCUCGACCAUUCAAAUUACAAUUUAUGCUGUUACUAAGUGUGGACGGUGCGAACCGCCAGCCAUAGCCAUAUACGAAAUAAAGUGAAACUUGGACCUGUCAUUACUCUAGUUGGCAUGAUUGUUUUAUCAAUAAAUUCUUUUGUCUUGUCAUA